GUCCGGUCUCUGCAAAGCAACAGGCGGAACUUUUGGAGAAGAUAGGGCGUGAAACAAAACGGGCAACUUGGGAGCUUCAUGAAUCGGCGACAGAGGAGGCCGGAUGACGCAGGGGAUGCUGGGAGUCGCAGUCCGGGAGGGUCUUUUUCGGAAGGGGAGGCUGCGGGAAAGGGGACGCAGCCGUCACCCGCCUCUCUCUCUGUCUCCUCCCCUGCAGGAGGACGGAAGAAUCCGGAGGGGGAAGGAAGGAAGAGCCGCCCCAGGGCACGAAAGUCCCUUCGCGGGCGCCCCGGGAGACGGCGGGGAAAAGCCGGGAGGCUCCGGGGCUGCAGAAGGGAUUAGCGUAAAAGUUUUCCCGAUGCAAAUGACACGAUCUAGUAGGAAAAGCGCUUCCUUCCCGACUUCCGCAAUCGGACUAAGAGAGCUGCAGGGGGCGGUGCCAGGAGAGGAAGAGGCGGAGCUUGGCCGAAAACGGACGGAGGCCGGUCUGGCCCUCGUUUUCGGAUACAGAGAAGCAACGAGGUGGAAAAAAAUCCUAUAAGGGUGCGCAUGCGGACUGAUGCAGGAGGACGGAGGAGCGCGGCGGAGGAAGGAAGGAAGCGCCGCCCGAAAGCAGGAGAUCCCAGCGCGGCUUCCCCGGCAGACGGCGGAGAAAGGCCGGGAGGCUCCGGGGCUGCAGGAGGGAUGCUCUCAGGGGGAUUCCGAGAAAGGCGGCUGCCUGGAGGGCGAUGCGGGGACCAGGAAACGGGCGGAGACUCCGAGACGGUCUGGAAGGGCGGAGGGUCCUUCGGAAGACCCCGGAAUCCCCAAAGGAUCCAGGAGGAAGAAGAGAAAUAUCAGUGCCCGGAAUGUGAAAAAUCCUUCAAGAGAAACGACCAUCUUGAGAACCAUCUAAAAAUCCACUCAUUUGGAAACCCACAUAAAUGCUUGAAGUGUGGAAACAGCUUCAAUUAUAGAGCAGAACUUAAGCAACAUGCAAGAAUCCACACAGGAGAAAAACCUCAUAAAUGUCUGGAAUGUGGAAAGAGCUUCAGUCACAGCAGCAACCUUUAUACACAUCAACAGAUCCACACAGGAGAAAAACCUCAUAAAUGCCUGGAGUGUGGAAAGAGCUUCAGUCAGAGGAGCCUCCUUUAUAAACAUCAAAGGAUCCACACAGGAGAGAAACCUCAUAAAUGCCUGGAGUGUGGAAAGAGCUUCAGUCAGAGGGGCAACCUUUAUAGACAUCAAAGGAGCCACACAGGAGAGAAACCUCAUAAAUGCCUGGAGUGUGGAAAGAGCUUCAGUGAGCGGAGCACCCUUUAUAUACAUCAAAGGAUCCACACAGGAGAAAAACCUCAUAAAUGUCUGGAGUGUGGAAAGAGCUUCAGUCAGAGGAGCCUCCUUUAUAAACAUCAAAGGAUCCACACAGGAGUGAAACCUCAUAAAUGCCUGGAGUGUGGAAAGAGCUUUAGUGAGCAGAGCAACCUUUAUAUACAUCAAAGGAUCCACACAGGAGAAAAACCGCAUAAAUGCCUGGAGUGCGGAAAGAGCUUCAGUCAGAGGGGCAACCUUUAUACACAUCAAAGUAGCCACACAGGAGAGAAACCUCACAAAUGCCUGGAGUGUGGAAAGAGCUUCAGUAAGCAGAGCAGCCUUUAUAUACAUCAAAGGAUCCACACAGGAGAAAAACCGCAUAAAUGCCUGGAGUGCGGAAAGAGCUUCAGUCAGAGGGGCAACCUUUAUACACAUCAAAGGAGCCACACAGGAGAGAAACCUCAUAAAUGCCUGGAGUGCGGAAAGAGCUUCAGUCAGAGGGGCAACCUUUAUACACAUCAAAAGAGCCACACAGGAGAGAAACCUCAUAAAUGCUUGGAAUGUGGAAAGAGUUUCAGGGACAGGAGCAACCUUUGUACACAUCAAACGGUCCACACAGGAGAGAAACCUCAUAAAUGCCUGGAGUGUGGAAAGAGCUUCAGUUAUAGGGGCAACCUUUAUGUACAUCAAAGGAUCCACACAGGAGAAAAACCUCAUAAAUGCCUGGAGUGUGGAAAGAGCUUCAGCCAGAGGAGCACCCUUUAUACACACCAAAGCAUCCACACAGGAGAAAAACCUCAUAAAUGCCUGGAGUGUAGAAAAAGCUUCAGUCGGAGGAGGAGCCUUUAUAAACAUCAAAGGAUCCAUUUGGGAGAAAAAACAUAUAAUUGACUGGAAUGUGGAAAGAAGUUCAGUUGGAGGAGCACCCUUUGUAGACAUCAAAGGAUCAACUGGGCAGAGAAAGGGAAGAAAUCCCUGUUGGGCGGAGGGUCCUUUGGAAGACAUGGGAAUCCCCAAAGGAUCUAGGAGGGAGGAAAGAAAUCUCAAUGCCUCAAAUGUGGAAAGAGCUUCAAAAGAAAUAAUGUUCUUAAAAUGCAUCUGAGUAUCCACUCAGGAGAGAAACCCCAUAAAUGCUUGGAGUGUGGAAAGAGCUCCCAGUCAUAGGGGCAACCUUUAUAAAC